GUACGCAUUUGGUGGAUUCACCAAGGAUAAUCAAAUGAAACCCUUUGACAAAUAUCAGGAUAUCGAGCAAGGCGGAUAUGCCAAAUUUACGGGCCUCAAAACCUACAACAAGCAAUUAAAAACGAUGAUUGCUAUUGGCGGCUGGAAUGAGGCCUCCUCCCGGUUCUCACCAUUGGUGGCUAGUCCGGACAGACGCCAGCAGUUCAUUAAGAAUAUAUUAAAGUUUUUGCGUCAGAAUCAUUUUGAUGGCAUUGACCUGGACUGGGAGUAUCCAGCACAUCGUGAGGGCGGUAAGUCCCGGGACCGUGACAACUACGCCCAAUUCGUGCAGGAGUUGCGCGAGGAGUUUGAGCGUGAAGCGGAGAAAACGGGACGCACACGUCUGUUACUGACAAUGGCUGUGCCAGCGGGUAUUGAGUACAUAGACAAGGGAUACGAUGUGCCAAAGCUGAAUAAAUAUUUGGAUUGGUUCAAUGUCCUCACAUACGAUUUCCAUUCCUCGCACGAGCCAUCGGUCAACCACCAUGCACCGCUUUACUCUCUGGAGGAAGAGUCCGAAUACAAUUACGAUGCAGAACUGAAUAUUGACUACUCCAUCAAGUACUAUUUGAAAGCAGGUGCCGAUCGUGACAAACUGGUGCUAGGUAUACCGACAUAUGGACGCUCCUACACGCUCAUCAAUGAGGAGAGCACAGAGUUGGGUGCACCCUCCGAGGGACCCGGUGAACAGGGUGAUGCCACUCGGGAGAAAGGCUAUCUCGCCUACUAUGAGAUUUGUCAGAACCUAAAAGAUGAUCCCGAGUGGACGGUGGUGCAGCCAAACGCCAAUGCCAUGGGUCCCUAUGCCUUUAGACGCAAUCAAUGGGUCGGCUAUGACGAUGAAGCCAUUGUGCGCAAAAAAGCCGAAUAUGUAGUGGCACAUGGACUGGGCGGCAUUAUGUUCUGGGCCAUAGACAAUGACGAUUUCCGUGGUACCUGCAAUGGCAAGCCAUAUCCGCUAAUCGAGGCGGCCAAAGAAGCGAUGAUAGAGGCUUUGGGACUGGGCAUCAAUGAGGUUGGUAGACCGAGUGGUCCGCAAAAGCCCUCACGCUCCCGCAGUCGUGAUAAUCAGCGUAAUCGCAUAGCACAGCAGGAGCCGAGCACUACAAGGCGUCCCAGCGCACCACGCCGGACAAGCACCACAUCAGCACCGCGCAGUGUCACCGUAAAGCUAACCGAGAGCGAGGGCUCUUCACUCUACAUUGGCGGUCGUGUAUCAACGACGCCACCACCACCAACGACACCCGAUCCAGGUUCGGACUUUAAGUGUGAAGAAGAGGGAUUCUUCCAGCAUCCGCGAGAUUGCAAGAAAUACUAUUGGUGUCUAGACAGCGGUCCGUCUGGCUUAGGAAUCGUGGCGCAUCAGUUUACAUGCCCCUCGGGUCUGUACUUCAAUCCGGCCGCCGACUCCUGCGACUUCGCUCGCAAUGUCCCAUGCAAAACAAAGAAAUCCACAACUGCAGCGCCGAUAACUUCAACGACCCCAAGAACUACACGUCCUACAACCAGCAACUAUCGCGUUACGGCCGCCCCAACCGCACGCCCCAUCUUCCCACGCAUCACCACCACCACCACAACGACCACAACUACGACUGCAGCGUCUCCUCUAGAGGAAUACGAUAACGAGUAUGAAGCAGAGAAUGGCAACGAACAGACCCAGAGCAAGUCAAACGAUGCCGAAGAAGAUCCACAGGUGAUCAAGGAACUCAUUGAUCUCAUUCGUAAAGUUGGUGGCGUUGAGGAGUUAGAGAAGCAUUUGCUACGCAAUAAAGACGGUUCUAUAACCAUCAAAGAGAACUCUGCCAGCGGUACACCAACCACCCCGCCUACCAUUAGCAAAUCCCUUUACGAUCGAGUCUUGAGUCGACCAGGUUCAUUCAGCUCCUUCCGUAAUCGCUUGACAACAAGUGACUACACUGCUCGCAAAACAGAGACAGCCGGAGCGGUAAAUUCUGAGAAAACUGCUGAGGAGAGUAGCGUUGACAACUCAAACUACUCCAAGUACUCCUCUGUGCUGCGCGGCAACAAUCGCCGAGGCCCCCAGAACGAGGGUCUAGAGAAGCUGUCCGAGUUUGAUGGUUUCCUAAAAGAGAAGAAAAAGUACGUGACAAUCAAUCGUAAUCGUGGAUCGACAAGAGGUUCUGCUGGAGAAUCUUCAGUUGACGAUGAUGAGGAUGACAUCGAAUUAGCAGCUGAUGAUGAGGCAUUAGUUGACAAUUACGAGACAACGAAGCGUCCGUUCACGGCUGCCACGCCCUCAUACACAAGCCUACGACGCACGCGUCCUACCCCCUCGACAGCGACGGUGGAAGCUGACGAGGAAGUGAAAAAAUCCUAUACAACAAACAGUCCCACGCGUGGUUUCAAUGCAGAGCGUGUGGAGACUACAGCAUCCGGUACGAUUAGUUCGACAACAAAUCGAUACAAAUACUUUGAGCGCACACGACCCACGACGUCGAGUAGCUUGGCCGAUGCAGAUGCUCAUGAUGACAAUGAUGAUGGGACCGAUGAGAAUGAAUCCGAGGAGGAGCCGCAACAGAAAAAUGUAACGGUACAGAGCAACAACACCACAACAACAAUAACAAGAACUACAAAUACACGUAAAUACACGAGCAUUGGCCGCAGAACAACAACAACAACAACAAUAGCAACACCAGAAACACCAGAAACUACAACAGUCAACGGCACAGAGACUGCAAGCGCCAGCACCUACAAAAACAACAACAACAACAACAGCAACAACUACAAUAACAUCUAUGUGAAAACUAAUAAUAUUGUAGCUACAGCAGCAAUACCAAGCACCACCCAAGAACCACAAACUGUCACAACUAACGAAACUUUUGAACCAAUUACAACCACAACCACCACAACAACAACUUCCACUACACCAACAACCACAACCACACCCACACCCACACCUACUUCAGCUUCCACUAUCCAACCACCUACUACCAUUGACACGUUGAGCUUGGCUGAUAGUGUCAACGAUUUGUUGUCACCAGAAUUCACAACCUUGCCACCGUCAGUCGAUGACGAGCUCAGCAAUGAGUUCUCAAUCCUACCCCUUGAUUUACGUAUCAAUGACCUAGCACAAGCUGCGCCUACAACAACCACAACAACAACAACAGCAACAAGAACUACAACAACAGCUACUGAACGCAUCGAGACCGCUGACAGUGACAAUCAACCAAACGAUGACGAUGUUGAUAGCGAGGUAACAAAAACUAAAACACAAUACAAAUAUACAGCAAGUCGUACACGCAUUAGGAAUAAGUCAGACAACAACAGCAACAACAACAACAACAACAACAGCAGCAACAACAAAAAUACAGAAGCAGUUACCGAUGCUAGUCGAAAUGGUAGUAGCUCUAAUGGUUUGAGUAGAGAUAGUCUUAGCGUAAAUAAUAAUAUUAGAAAAACCAAUUCCAAUUCCAAUUCCGCUGGUAGAAGGCAACCACAACCACAAAGAACUCAACAACAAACAGAACUACAGACUACUACUACUACCAACGAACUACCCACUAAUGCUAAUGUCAAUACACUGGUUAGCGUAUCUAGUCCAAGACCUUUUGGUUAUCCCAGACGUCGCACACGUCCGAGCCCGAGCACAACAACUACAACAACAGCAACUGCAUCUGACAAUGAAAACAAUAUUCAAAAUGAAGCAGUUGCAAGCAUAGCUAAAUCGCGACUAUCCCAAGUGGAUAGGCCCAAGGUGAGUUCCAGUAGUAGUUCUGAGUUGUUGGACCAAAACACAACAAGCACUGUCCCAACAACUACAACAACAACAACAACAACAACACGUGCACAAGCCCAUAACGUAGACAUAAAGCAAGUAGCUGGUAAUGGUGACAAUAUCUUAAGGCAUGACGUAGUUAGCCACAAUAGGUUAAGCAAUGACAAUAACGACAACAACAACAAUCACGAAGAACAUCCAAUUAAAUAUACCUGGCGGGCGGUACGACGUCCCACACGACGUCCACCCGUCGUAGCGAAGCCACUAAAUGCGCUCGAUGACGAGGUCGACAAAAACGCACGUAAGUAUGCUGGCAAGCGUCUGGCCACGGAUGUCAAUACGGAAGACGAGCAGCUGAAGUUCCGUAGUCGUCAUCUCAAUUCUGCGGAGAAUGAUGCUGACGUGGAGACGGGAACCACUGCAAGCACCACUGGACGCAGCUAUCAGAGUAUAAAUCGUAGUACCGUACAAACUAGUAGCGAUAACAUCGUUUAUAAAGCCAUAGAGAGGAGCAGCAAUGGUGCCAAGUUGAGCGAAGGACGCAGCUCCAGCUUUGUUAAGCAUCUGGAUGAAGGGCAAAGCACACGAACCUUCCAAGCGGUAUCACGUGGCGGUCAAUUGCCGACAAUAGAGACACCGAUUGAGGAUGAAAAUAUUGCCGCAGAGAUACUAGACGAUGAUUUGCAUGCCGUAGCUCGUGGAAAGACGCAGGCGCCAGAAAAGAGUGACAAUGUAGAUGAUUCCAAUACUGCAGCCGAGCAAGACUCUCGGGAGACAACAUCUAAAGGAACCCUCUUGACGUCCACAACAGAAGCUACCCUCCAUGCGGAAAGCAGUACGGAGGAAUUCUCCGAUGAAACAACGCUCUUGCCCAUUGACACAGAGACUGAUAGCAACUUAACGGAGCAGAGCACAACAACACGCAAGCCUAAUCCAGAAGCCAGCACGUUAAACACAACGAGUGCAGACGAGCUAGUCCCGCCCACUUCUCCAAAAACCACAACGACAGCGGUACCGGUCUCUAGCACAACCGCAACCGAAGAGAGAGAGCAAGCUGUGGAGACUGAGGAGACUACACUGCUGCCACUUGAAACAACGACAAGCACUUCUGAUGGCAGCACAACAGAACAAACGACACGAAAGUCGCAUUUUAGAAAUUAUAGCACCACAAAGCCAGUAACCACUACCAUAGGAACAACGACUGACAAGCAAUCGACAAAAACUACAGAGGCACCUGUCUCAAGCAAAAAGCGACCGUCAACCUUCUCCCUAAGAAAACCAAUAAGCACAGCCACAUCUGGGGCAAAGGAGCAGGCUGUGGACACAACGAUAACAGAAAGUGCAGAGCCGGCAUUGGACACUUCGGAGCCCCCAUCGUUCAGUCACACACGACGCGUGCUUAUACGGCACAAAAGUAAUAUUAGCACAACAAUACGACCCGAUACAACGGAUAAGAUCGCGAAAUUACCGAAUACGCUCACUUCCGUACAAGGAGAUGAUAAGAAAAAGGAUGUUAGUGUUACAACCGAAGGGGGCACAAGUGAAGUUGAUUCUGAACAGCAACUGGGUACGAGUGCCAGCAACCAAACCUCAACCGCUCGACGACGUGUGAUUGUGCGAGGAAAUUACCGGCAUCGCAAAGAAGAAGACUUGUCUUCACUCCUAGCAGCCGAUGCAAACAAGAAGGCCAAGGAAUUGGCAGGCGGAUCAAGCAGGCGAUAUUAUCUUGGUAGCCAAAAAUCUUCAACCCAUUCGAGGGAAAUCACUUCGACCACAGAGAGCAGUACCAAUGAGGAAAGUGAAGAACAGCUUGUUAAUAACCAGAGCGUCGAGCAAAGUGAAGUUAAUGCCACUACCAAUAGCACAAAAUUGAGUAGCCGAGCGCGUUUGGCAGCUGCUCGCAAUCGCACCUCGACCCGCACUGAGUCUUUAGGAAAUGGCGUAACACGUACACGGACCACUUAUGUCCGCACCAUUGAUACUGGUAGCGCUAAUGGUGGCCAGAAAGUAAUUAAACGUAUUCACACAAAAACGGUGCAGGAAAAACCCGCUGAGUAUGAAUACAUAUACGAUGUGAUUACAGAGCCACCUGUUAGUACCACCCCUCGAACGAUUACACGCAAUCGAGGCUCUGUGAAGUUCCAAAGCAAUGAUCUGUCAUCACUGUUGGCCCUAGAUUUCGCGAGCCGCUCUCAGCGCAAAAAAGAUCCGGAGAAAACUGUUGUGAAGACACGCAGGCGAUUGCUGAAAAAGCCUAAAGAAACUAUUGAGCAUGAGGAGGUGGAACAGUAUGAGUACGAGAGCGAAAAUGAAAAUGAAAGUGAAAGCGAAGAAGUAACAAGACCAAGCACGGUCAGAACUACAGCCAGACCACUCAUCCAACGACGCACACGACCUACCAGACCCACCACCACAACACACCUGCCCACAACAUCGAUUCAGUCGAGCAGCGAGGCCACCACUGCCAAGCAUGGAUUUUCAUUCAAACGCCCCAGCAGCACCACACCCUCAACCCCAUCUACUCAGGACCCAACUAUAGAAAUAACAACAGAAAGUCAAGCAGCCACCACUAGGCGUGCAUCUUUCUUUAAACGACCAAGCAGCGCCAGACCAUCAACUACAACUACAACGCUCGACCCAACCAUAGAAGAAGCAACAGAGAAUCAACAGCAGGAGUCUAGCAGCGUGCCCGUCUCCAGUCGGCGACCCGGCUUUUUCAAUCGAUUAAGUAACAGCACUCCAUCAACGACAUCAGAAGCCACAACAGAAUCUACAACAGAACGUCAGCUGUCGGAGGCCAAGAACCAUUUCCUCAAUCGUUUGAAAAGUAGUAGCACUACAACAACUACAACACCCCCACCUGAAACCACCGCGGUUACCUCUGAUGACUUGGACGAACUGAAGAAGAAACUGACUAGUGCCGUUCAACGUUUGCAAAAAAAUGAAGGAGAUGAAGAUUCAGAGCACUCUAAGAAUGAUCUAAAUGAGAGUAGCGACAACCAUCUAUCGCUACCCAUUUAUCAUCGCCGCAAAUACUAUCAAUACUAUAAAGAUUCACCGAUUACCUACAUAGAUAAGACUACAGUGCAACCUGACGUCUCCAGCGUUACGGUAGACAUACAUAAGCAGAUACACGAUGUCUUCAAUGUGAGCGACAAUGAAUCACACAUUUCUUCUGAGGAGACCUCCGCUGAGUUUGAGCAACGUUUGGCCAUGGAGCAAGCGCACGAAAUCAAUGCCGAACUCGGUCAUUUUUUAUUGAAAACCCCCGGUGGAAGCAGCAGCACAGUAAGAAGUGUUUUAAAGCAAGAAAGCGCUUACGACGAUGAUGAUGAUUUAAAUGAACUAACUGCCGAUGUGGAUGCAGAUGAUGAUGACCCAGAAGUGACUAUACAGAAGCUAAACCGAGUUGGUAAAACAUUCAAAACCAUAGAACCGAAUAUAGUCGGUAAAGAAGCCACCUAUGCUGGAACCCCAAGCGUCCAGCUAUCUAUACUAGACACUGCCCAACGUGAUAUCGACGAUGCACGAGCACUACGGACCUACUCCAGACUUAAUCGCACACGUCCAACAUCCAGAACCAGUACUGAGACCCCUGUACCGGAAGAGGAAGAAUCAACUAAGCGCUCCUAUGCCUCAGUGCAACGUUUCCGAGGCAGAACAACAACUGAGAAGACGACGACAACUGAUAUCGAUGAAACGAACAGUAGCACCCGACGCAGCUAUGCAAAUCUAAACAGACAGCGCGGCACCAGCCCCACAACAGAGAGUACAACGACUAAUAGUUCAACGGUUCCUGAACAGACAACCACCACACAACGACCUCGCUUUAGUGUUAACCGCAGAGUGAUCAGACCUAGUAGUACAGAAAGGGUCUCGGAAAAUCAAACAGCUGACGAAAGCACAGAGAGCAGUACAACAACCACUACUUCAGCCACCACUGAGGCAGUCCGGGACUUAAAAGAGGUUGACGACGAUAGCGAUGCUGAGCUGGAAGCUGUGCUCAGUGACUCCGACGAUGAUGAUGACACCAAUGAAAUCGAAGAAGUGGUCGAAAGAACUGGCAGUCGAAUCGAUGUGACUUCAACAAAAACAACAACAACCGAGAGCAGCUCCUCCACCACAAGCAAGCCGCCUCGUCAAAUUGUGAUACGUCGUCGUUUGAAUGCAACAACUCCAGUAAGCGAAGUAACCACAGUCAAGUCAGAGACUACUCCAAGCACACGUCGUCCGUAUGCAGGCCUGAAUCGCAGUAGUAGUAGAUUUACAACAACUACAGAGAAGUCUAGUGAUACGGAAAAAGAUGACGAAAAUGGCAUUGAUGGUGAAGAAUCGGAAAACGAUCAUGAUGAUAAAUUAUCUGUCCGUUUGGGACAGCAAUCUACACGUCGUCCAUAUGCAGCCUUGAAUCGGGGUCGCAACCGAUUCACAACAACUACAGAGAAAUCUAGCGAUAAGGAAAAAGAUAAUGACAUUGUUAUUAAUAUUCAAGAAUCCGAAACUAGUCCAGAUGAUAACUUAUCUGUCCGUGGGGGACAGCAAGGUACACGUCGUCCAUAUGCACCCUUCAAUCGGAAUCGUAACCGAUUUGCAACAACAACAACUACAGAGAAAUCAAGGCAAGAUAAUGACAAUGAAGAAUCUGAAAACAAUAACGACAAUAGCUCAUCAAACACACGUCGUCCAUAUGCAGCUUUGAAUCGAAGUCGUAACCGAUUUACAGCAAGAACAACUACAGAGAAACCAAGCGAUACGGAAAACGAUGGCGACAAUGGCAUUGAUGAUGAUGAAGAAUCGGAAAAUAAUCGGGACGAUAAAUUAUCAGUCCGUGGGGGCUUCCUGCAAACUAAUCGCCAUCGCGCUUUGGUUGACGGCCAACAAGUGUCCUCCACACGAUCACCUAAUUUAAGACCGAUCACUCGUCGAGUCUUUGUGCGCUUGCCUAAUGGUUCUACUGCCACAGCAGACUCUAAAGAAGCCAACAUAGCUGAGGAUGAUAGCAGUGCAACGCGCUACACUGGAUUUGCUGGACGUCGCACGCGCCCCUCCCAAGCGCCCGCAACUCCAAGCACAACAAAACGAAAUCUUGUGGCUGAAGAAGACGAGGACGAAGAAGAUGAAGACUAUGAUGAAUCUGAUAAGCCCAAGCAGAGUACGACGCGACUACAAGGCGGGCUUAAUCGACUGCUCGCCAGUAGACAACGUAUACGGACAGAAACAAAGACUCAAACUACCUCGAAGAAUAGCGACAAUGACGAAGGCGACGACGACGACGACGACGCAGAUGGUGACAAUGAUAAUCACGAUGGGGCUGAAGUGGAAGACACUGUAGGGGUAAACGAUAACCACAACAACAACAACAAUACUAAUACAAGCACAAAUGUAGCUAGUCGCUUUUAUGGCACUAAUCGUAGUAAAAGCACCGUAGCCAAUUAUUUGAAUAACCCCUUAAAGUUCAAUGCGCGUCAGCGUGUUGUUAGUUUAAAUACCAAGGGUAAUGAAGUUAAUUCUAAACGACGUUUUCAGAAUCGUUAUCAGUUGAACCGCACUAGGGGCACCACAACAACCACAGCAACCACAAGCGCAACCCCAACCAGUCCAACCCUAAACAAUGGAGCCCCAGCACGCCGUCUGCAGGGCAGUCUACGCGCACGCACCCGCGCGCAGGUAACUAAACUAAACAUAGUCGAAGACCAUACCGACAAGGCUGAUGAGAAUGAAGUUGAGGCGACAACUACGACACCCGAAAGUGCAACCACAACCACAACGCCUCGGCGCAUUCGUGUGCUUAAGUUUAGACGGCCAGUGCAACCUGUCAAUAACAAUACAACGCCCACAAAACGAUUCCGCAAGGUCAUUCGCAAGCUCAUUAAAAAACCCGUCGCUAUCGAGUCAAACAAUACAGCAAUAGAGUCCGAGACAACCACUAGCGCCACCACAACAGGCUUCAGUCGCACUGGUAAGCAGGAUACGCUUUUCAGUACCCAAAAGCGCGGGCGCUUUGGCGUAACCAACCGCCAACCACAGAAAGAGAAGGAGACGAAGCAAGAACCCAGUGCAGAGCAGAAAGAAGAUAGUGAAGAAGAAGAUGAUGAAGGAGAUGACGAAGAAGUGGUAAGCACCGGUGGCGCAACAACCACAACCACCCGAAAGCCAUUUGUGCCUAGUCGCAGUCGCUUUUCCAAGCCAACCAACGAUUUGCUCAACUUGCGAAACCGCCUCAAAGACCAACAGGCACGUGGUGAGAGGCCCGAUGGUGUAAUCAGUAGUCGCCUGAACAAGGUUGGUGACGCUGAUGGCAGUCAAGUAACGCAAGAAGAUGCACUUCAGAAAAUUCGCGACAAAGUAAAGGCAGAGCAGGCACGUGGGGAUGGUGACCAGGGCGUGAUUAAUGAUCGACUGAAGAAAUUAUUGGCAGCGAAGGCAACAGGGCAAAAUGAAGAUAGUGCCGAAGUAAGUGAAACCACCGUUUCACCCGCUACGGGACGACCCGUCUUCAGGCGCAAGCUGGUGGCUCGGCGACCUUAUACGCCACCGAAGGCAUCUGCUGCUUCUGUAAGCACCGAGCGCCCUACCACAAGCACCCGACCGACGGUCAAGUUUGUACGCCGUAAGAACGGUCGCUUCGAUCCGUUCAACUCAAACGUCCGCAAUACGGGUGAGGGCUUUGUGCGCAGUGAUCCGCGGGAUCAACGGUUACCGGGUUCAUCACGUUUUAAGACUGGAGACCAAGAACAGCAACAGGGGGACAAUGAAGAUGAUUAUGACGAGGAAGAGAAUGAGGAACAGCAGCAGGAGAAGAUACCAACAGUGGUAAAUACGCGCCCGCUGGGCUUUAGGCCCAUCAAUCGAAGACCUGCAGUGGAGACGUUUAUUACGAAAAAUCCAAAGACUGCUAAUGAAAAUGCAGUGGCAGACGCAGGUGAAGAUGAUGACGAUGAAGAAGACGACGAAGAAGAUGACGAAGAAGAAGAGUCGACUGAACAACAAAACGACAACGGAAACGGCACUAGCAGCAAUGAUGAGGCAACAAAGCCAAGAACCAAUUCUCCCUCUUCCUUCCGACCAAAAGAUAAUCGCGUGCCUCCCGGCAGUCGACCUUCGUUUACGCCCACGGGCAGUGGUGCCAACUCCGGUAAUGUGCCGUUCAAUCCACGCGGCCGCCAAUCAGGCAUUAGUGGCACGAAUCGCCCACCCGGUACCGGCCCUGGCACCAGCACGGCCAGCAAUCGCUUUGCCAAUCGCCCACGUGUCAUAAAUCGACCCCCAGGCGUUGCCUCACCCAAUCGUACUCUGAAGCCUGUGGCCAUCGACUAUGAGCGUACGACGCCAUUAACGCCGAUCAAGCCAGCCCCCUUCAUACCGACCAAUACACGUACAUACGAGCGCAAGUACAACGGACCAUCCACCGAGGCCAGCGAAACAGUCAGCGAGAAUCCGCUAAUUGAGGAUUUGAACAUAGACGCCCUGAAUGCGCGCAAUAAGAAGAUUUUCGAUAUACACAGCAAAAAGCACACGACCCUUAAGCCCAAGGUCGUCAAUCGGCCGGUAGAUGCAGCCAAUCCACAAAAUGUGAGCCUGCGAGUGAAUGGCAGCGAGACGGAUACAGACACCUUGACAGAUGAUGUAUACGAUAAGGCGCAAUAUGGCGUUGAAAGCUCACAAGGCUUUGUGACCACCACACCACGCACAACACUACAAUUAGACACAAACACAGACACAGAUAACAGCCAACAUCAACAAGUGUCCAAUGUGUCUAAUGACGCCACAACCAUCUUCACUUCACAGGAUAAUCAAGCGUCGAUAUCAACGCCGGCACCACCUCCAGCCACCACACUACUCCACGUCUUUACACUGAUCGAUGGUGACACCGAAGACGAGCCGUCCACCAGCCGACCACCGAGCUCACGGCUAAAACUAGUGGCAGAACGCGUACGUCCCAAGCACAAAGUAAUCGAAAUUAAUCGUAUAGUUGAGAUCAAUUCCAAGGAGGACAAGUUACACCGCAAGUCCAAGGCCAAUCAGGAGCUGCUGAGGACGCUCAACAGCAGUGGUCUCAUGGUCGAGUCGCUGCCGCAUGUCGAACAGCUGGGCGAGAUCAGUGUGGUAAAGUAUGUACAUCUGGUAGAUGGCAGUGACAUUGUUAUCGAUGGUCAUAGCACCGUCGCUGAUUAUACGCCCACCGAGCCGAGUGUGGCGCACAACUCCCCGCCGGUACGCAACAGUCUGCCGACCGGCGACUCUGAUGGCGAGCCAGCGGAACGCUUUGGCAAGGCCCUAGUGCCCGAAGUUCUGCGCGAGGGUGUGGAAACAUCAACCAUCUCGUUGGAGGGUCUGUUCGAUAAUGCGCGCAAGGGCAAGGAACUGCAGCUGACGCAGAGUGAAAAUGUGGUGACGUCAUAUGUGAGUAACGCCGCUGCGCCAACCACCAGCACAACUACGACCUUCUUUCCAACAUACGUAAGACCUAUUGUACCCCUACUACGUCCCGAAUCAAAUGAGUCUUCACCCCUGGUCAUAUCAAUUGCCAACCUUGACAAGGUCAUACUGAGCAAGGUUGAGCACAGCGAACACGAACACGAAAGCGAAAGCGAGACCACAACGCUGCCAACCCCUCCUCCGGCUGAUUCGAGCUCUGCCUUUUCCAGCCGCCAUGCGGCUGUCGUCGAAGCGCCAACAAAUGCCAUUUACGAUGCCGAGGCGGCCGUCAAGGCGUUGGCGGGUGUGGCUAAGAUAAGUGUGGGUGCAGACAGUGGCGCUAUUAGUGACAGCAACAGUAGUAACAACAACAACAACAACAACCAAACACAAAUCACUAACACUACAUCAACAACAGCAACAACAACAAACAACACCCUCACUAGCGAGGUAGUCAGCUUUAGCACCGAAACGCAUGUGGUGCGCCGCAAGAAGGGGCGCAAACACAAGUCGGGCCGACGCCUGCGUCGUCCCACAACCACCACAAGCACCACCAGCACAACAACAACACCGCCAACACAGACAACAACCAUAGUUGAGACAGCAACCAACACACCAACUGCCACUCCGACUAUAACUGCCGACCUGCAGCUCCGCUCACCAACGACUGGGACUGUUGUCAGUAAUGCGGGCACCUCAGUAGCCGCUGCUGCUGCUGCCGCUGGCGCAGUCGUUGCCGACAGCAUCGCUCUGCAUCGACCGGUACUGAGUGUGCGCAGACGCAUUAUUAACACGUCCGAAUCGGCCACACCAGCAGCAGAACUGACAGCAACAACAACGACGUCGACGGCGACGGCGACAGCGACAGCGACGGUAACGGCGACCUCCAAAUACAAUCGCUUACGUAGUAGGCCAGCAGCCUCCGCAGCAUCAGCAUCAGCAUCAGCAAUAACAACAACAACAACAACCAAUGGUGGGGCUACGCCAACAACGAAAGUUACAACGCUCUCGCCACACAACAACAACAAUAUUACGCUAAAACAACACAAAUUCCAACCGGCCAGCUAUGCGUUGCGGCGGCAGUUUCAGACGCGUCGUCUGACAACCACAGCUCCAGCAUCAAGUUCCAGUGACGAAAGCGCUACUGAGCCACCACGCACUCAAAACCCGCUCUUCAAACGCCGCUUCACGCUGAGCACCUUACCGGCGCCAGCACCACGAACUACAACCAGCAGCAAUAUUAUCGAUGCGACGACCACCAAUCUGUAUGGCAGUGACAAUGCGGAUGGCAAUGAGGACUCAAACGAUCAGGUGGCCAAGUCCAGUGUACACACCAGUCGCUUCAAUCAGAUCGCCGAGCAGGCUAAGCUGCAGUCCAGUAUCCGGGACACUUUUGAGUUGUUAACACGGCCCGGCACAACGGCUAGCAGUACGACGCCAGCAACCGCAGGAGUUGCCUCCGGAACAGUAUAUGCCACGCGUCGCCAGCUAGUGCCACGCCCACGCCGACCUCAAUCGGGCACCACCUCCACAUCCACAACUAGAUCCAAAUACAACACCACCCCAGCCACAGCAACGAGGCGUCAGGGAACCCAGAGUCGUCGUCGACCCCACAAGUAUAUUGAAAUAUAUAGUCGGCCACCCAGCAAGCCAGCUCUGGCCACAGCAACCGCCAGCUCGAAGAGCAGCUUUAGCAACCGGUGAAUUGAUUCGAUCUACUCCCCAUACCCAAAAAUUAUAACUAAAAAAUCUCUUCAAAACUAGGUGAAGGUCAUUGUGCAUGGAGAGGGCAUUAUCGAAUGCCUCGCCCAAGGAAACUUUCCACAUCCGCUCUCCUGUCGCAAAUUCAUCUCCUGUGCCAAAUUUGAGGAGACUGGCGGCAUUGUUGGCUGGGAAUACACUUGCCCCAAGGGCCUCAGCUACGAUGCUGUGGGGGGCAUGUGUACUCGGGCCAGUGCCGGCCAGAGUUGUCAGGAUUAGAGAUGCAUUGGAAAAUCAAUUCAAAACCACAUUUAUUUAAGAGCAAUGACUGAAUUUUUUCUCACUGACCAGGACGCCCCCGCUAAUUGGAAUUAUUUUGCUUGCGUAUUUUGUAAAUUUGUGUGAUUCGUUUCUUUCUUCUUUUUUUUUUGUUAAAUUAAUUUAAGUGUUAGUUAAUUA